AUGUCAGAUUUGGCAAAUACUCCAAGGAGCACAAGAUCCUUCAGAUCUGAAAGCCACUCAGAAGGCACAGUUUGGACUCAGAACAUUUUGAGCCUGAUUCAUUAUGAAGGUCAUCGAGAUGGAACUGAAGACAUAGGCAUAGUGAAAAGAGUCCCUUGGCUGGAGAACAUAAGCGGUAAUACAAAUUACAUCAGUCGCCCAUCCCCUCGGCUCUUUACAAGCCAUCUGCCCUAUUAUUUGGUACCUAAGAGGCUAAGAAACAGAAGAGCAAAAGUUAUUUAUGUGUCAAGAAACCCAAAGGAUGUCUUGGUUUCCCAUUAUCAUUUUAGCAAAAUGUCACUCAUAGUAGAAACAGCAGGAAAAAUGGAUGAUUUCAUGGAAAGAUUUUUAGCUGGUGAAGUUCUAGCUGGUUCAUGGCUAGACCAUGUCGAAGGCUGGUAUGCUCACAAGGAUGACUUCAAUAUUCUCUUCCUUACCUAUGAAGAAAUGAAGAAGGACCUGAGAAAUUCUGUAUUGAAAAUAUGCAGCUUCCUAGGAAGGAAGCUGACUGAGGAAGAGUUACAGACCGUUGUGGAUAUGGCUACCUUUGAUAAAAUGAGACUGGAUCCCAGAUCAAACUAUGAAAAGUUGCCAGUGAAUGUCAUGGACAAAGACAAAGGAUGCUUUCUUCGCAAAGGUACUGUUGGGGACUGGAAAAACAUAAUGACUAUAGCACAGAGUGAAAGGUUUGACAGUGUUUUUAGAAAAAGGAUGGAAAGUCUGCCUGUCAAGUUUUGCUGGGAUAUUAAUGAAGACCUUCCAUCUUGAAAGAUCAGUAUGAAGCUGGCAGUCCAAUGGUAUGUGGGAGACAGAAUCUGAUAUAUUUCCCCCAUAUAUGCAGAAGAAAUCUUCCAGAAAGAGCAGAUGAUGGAAAGGAAUUCAAUCUGGCCAUCAUAAAAGCGCAUUUAUGGGAAUUCUUUUCAGAACAAUCAGUCCAAUGCGUCAACCUCCCAUCCUCAAAUAAACUUUUUUUCUCUUAAAUAAAAAAGGAUA